UAACAUAAUAAUUUCUCCCUUUGAUCAAACAUGGCGCCUACCGGUGGUCUGUCAACGUGUCUGUUGAGUUUCUGGCUUGCAUGUGGCAUUGUUAUUGCUUGGGAUAGUGAUCAUUUGGAACUUUUUGAUCUUGUUGAAGAAAUCGGCAGUAACUUCUAUGAAGUUUUAGGCGUUGAUGAGACUGCUUCAGCAACAGAGAUACGGCGAGCUUAUCGCAAGCUUUCUUUGCAACUUCACCCUGAUAAAAAUAAAGCUCCUGAUGCCGAAAAGAAAUUCCUUGAGAUGGUGUCAGUUUAUGAAGUUUUGAAAGAUCCUGAGAAAAGACAAAGGUACAACGAUGUUCUCAAGAAUGGACUUCCUGAUUGGAAGCAACCUGUUUUUUACUAUCGGCGAGUUCGUAAAAUGGGUUUACUUGAGCUUAGUGUUUUAAUGUUCCUGAUUCUGACUGUGGGCCAAUACCUAGUCAUCUGGUCAGUUUACUUAGAGCGGAAGUUUACUGUGGAAGAAAACUAUGCAAGCAAGUUGAAGAAAUCUGAGAAGAAAAGCCGUAAGAAAGCAGCAAUGUGUGAAAAUGAGAUUGAAGCUGAAUUUAAAGAGGAGUUGGAUGCCAUUAGUCGCCCCCAAUUAAUUGAUUUGUGGCCACUACGUCUGACCUGCUGGCUCUAUACAAACACCCUCAGUAUUCCUCUCUACUACUGUCUACUUAGACAAUAUCUCAUAUCUUGGAGAGAGAGAUGUAAAGAAGUUGAAGUGGAAGAAGAAAAAACCCCUAUUCAAGAACCAGUAAAGAAAGUCAAAAAACGUCAAAGGAUUGAACUUCCAGAAUAUUCUGCAGAGACGUUUGCAUCUACAGCUGCUGUAGCGUAUACUCCUUCCAUUGACAUCACUCUUGAUUCAAAGCCUGAACAAAAAAUAAAGUCUGGUGUUGAAUGGAAUGAAGAAGAAUAUGCUUUGCUGGCCAGAGCUAUUGCAAAAUACCCUGGAGGAACUACGGGUCGGUGGGAAAAAGUAGCUGAGAUGGUGGCUCGACCGGUUUCAGAGGUUAUAAGCAAAUCAAAAAGCAACAAGAAAAACAUUCUAGCAAAUUCUAUAUCAGGCUUACAAGAUAGUGUAAAUGUUAAACCAACAACAAAAUCGAACUUUGUUAAUGACAACAUUAUAUCUACUAAAAUGAAUUCGGAAGUAUUUUUAGAUACAAUGUAUGGUUCUCAAACGCCAAGUGAAGAGAAAGGACUCUCAUCUAAUCAAAAGAAAAAAAACAAUAUUAAAACUGUAGCACAAAAUAUUGGUUCAAUUGAAACAGUUGAGUCUGAAAAGGUCCAGACAAACAGUGUACCCUCAAAAUCUCUAUCAACUACUGAUAGAAGCAAUAGUAGCAGUCAUAGUUCCCAUAUCAAAGUAACUGAUGAAAUGUCAAGAGACACUCCAGAUUUCUGGUCUCAGGCUGAUCAGAUGACUUUUGAAAAGAUGUUGCGGUUGUAUCCAAAAGGUACUGAGUUAAGAUGGGAAAAAAUUGCUGAAAAAAUCCCUUCAAAAUCUAAGGAGGACUGCAUUUUACGAUUCAAAUAUUUGGUAAGCAUGAUUAAAAAGAAGAAAGAAAGUUCAGCAAUGACGUAAGGCCACAGAGGUAAGAAAACAAAUGAAGGGUUUCUAACUGACUAUUGAAAUUUACUGCUGGAUGCUUGAGAAUGCUUGACGAACAAGUGUUGUUUUCAAUAUAAAGUCUCCACACAUCAUUUAUAUUAAAAUACCAAAGAAUAUACCUCAUUUGUUGCUUCUUCAGAGCUGGAAUAGAAUGAAAAAAAAUACUCUUUGUUUUGUUGCUAUUAAAUACUUUUGUUACUGGAAGUUACCAUUUAAUACACUGGAAAACAAAACUAGAUUCAUUUGGUGAUCAGAACUGUUAAUCAUUGUUACAUUAUGUCUUUCUUUCUAUAAAAAACACAGGUAUAUACUCACAUUUCAUAAAGUACAUUUCCAUAUGGUAUUGGUAUACCUCACUGGGCCUUGCAGAAUUAUUUCAGGUUAUUUCAUAUGUAAUACAUUUUUAUUUUAAAUAUAUGAAAUCUUUUACUAAAAAUGAUCACCAUGUAUGUCUAUUAGUGUUUUAUAUGUGUCUUUGUAUAUAUGUAAAUGUUUUUAUGUUUGUGGGUGCUUGUUUGAAUAUGCAAACAUAAACAUGUUUAUUUCUAUGUAUAUAAAAAUAUAAAAACAGUUAAAUGUAUAUAUCUAGAAUAGAGAGAAACAGAGAGUGUGUGUGUGUUGUUCACAAUUUUUAGAGCAAGAUGUAUUUCUGUAUGUAGAUAUAUACAUACACACAGAUAUGGUGCUGCUUCUUGAUAACAUUUGGUCUUCUGUACUACUUUCAAAGAAGUUCUGAUUUUAAUAACUGCCUCAGACACAGAUUUCAAUCAAGAAUCUCUUAACUCUUAUUUCUAAUUUAUUUUUUCGCCAAAUAUAAAUGAUAUCAAAGACAAACAUAAUCAUUUGGUCAGUAUUUGUUUGUUCUUUUGUUGUAGCCUGUUAUCUGCACUGUAAACAAUAUUUUUGUAGCAAAGAAACAUCAAGAUUGGCUUGGAGAAUGUCUGUUGAAUAUUUCUAUGAUGGACGGAAUUUAUUAUACUAACUCUUCCCAACAUAAAAAACUGUAGUCAUGAUGAAAGACUAUUAGUAAGAUUGAACAACAUUCCAACAUGUAGGACUUGUAGUUCAGUUGAUUACAUUCCUUGAGACAGGAUUUAUACUUUUGAUAUUUUAGUCAGUUACUAUGUUUUUUUUUAAAAAAAAAACAUAAUUCUAGUUGUUUUCUUUUAUACUUGUACAAAACUCUCCACCCAUCCCAAAUUUUCAGUGUUUAUAUCAGUUGCAGUUUAUUGUUGAAGUGUUAUAUAACUUUAUGUAUUAAAUGUUAAUUAUAAUUUAUGAUUUUUUAUAAAUGGGAUAUAUACUAUUUUUAUAAAAAUAUAUAUUUAACUGUAAAUAGUAAAAUAGAAGUGAACCAUAUACACCUAUCUUUGAAAGUUUUCAAUUCAUAUUAAGGCUAAUUUAAUGCAGCUGGUAGAAAAGUAGUGCAUCUAUAAUACAUUUAUAAAAAUAGAAUAACUUUUAAUUUGAAGAAUUUAAAAGCCAAGUGAUUCUGUUUCAAUUAUGUUACUGUUAACAGUUGAAGCCAGGUGAGUCUUUUACAAUUAUAUAUCAUCACUAGUAUUAUAACCCGAUUUCAUUCGGGUCUACUCGGCCAAUGUUUUAAAGAUGAGAAAUUUUGCCCUAGAGGCCAAGCCUUUCAAUUGAGCAAACUCAAAGUUGCGAUGCAAACUCGCCAGCACUUUUAACAUAGGUGUGCAAAUUUUCAGCUCAAUCCGACCACAUAUGCACACAUUAUAUAUAUACAUACGCAUUAAAUAUAAAAUAUAAAGUGGGAAAGAGAGAUAAUGGAAGCUGUCAAACAUUGUUACAGAGAGAAAGUGGAGGGAAGGGAGGAAAGAGAGAGAUGGAGGGAGAAGGGGUGUUAGCCAAAAGAGAGAAACGGCAAACACUUGUUAAAGUUUGUUUAAAGAUGAUGAAUUUUGCCCUAGUGGCCACGCUUUUCAAUGGAGCAAACUGAAAUUUGCCAUGCAUACUCACCAGCACAUUCCCCACAGUUGUGCACAUUUUCAGCUCAAUCUGACCACGUUUACUAACACCUUUGCCUGCACAACUGCAGCUGAGACAACGUCAGUCUUUUCCACAAAUAUAUAAUUGAUUAACAGUUGAAUUUCUCUCAUAAGACAAAGUAAAAUCAAUUUUGCCAAAUUUCUAUGUAGUUACCAUUUUUCAAAGAAGUAGACAAGGAUUAAUAUUAACAUAGACAACAAUAUAAAAAUGGAGAGAAAAGGAAAGAGUAAGAAAAUGAGUCCCAUUUGCAUAUAAAGAUAAAAUUUGCCAAGUAAUUUCCCUAUUAUUUUUACAUAAUUAACAUUAAGUAAGCAAUUAAUAAUUAACUUGUGCAAAAUGUGUUGUGUCAAAUAUAUUUGUGGAUAAAUAUUGGUACUUUCCAAGUUUCAUCAACCAAUUAUUUAUAUACUAAAUAAACCAUUGAACAAUU